AUGAAGCUUGUCUCUGCAAUUCGCCAGAAUCAGUCACUUGUUGUUAAAGUUUUUCGAUUUGUUGGCUAUUUGCUGCUGUUAAUCGGUCUAAGCUAUCAAAUUCAGCGACUCUACAAAAAGCUCAAAAUUGAACCGGAAAUUUUCUCAAAGGAAAGUUCAAUCCAAAGCAGUCAAAUUCCAUUUCCAGCUGUUACUGUCUGUCCACCAACUAAUGUAAAGAAUGAAGCAUGGAAUCCUGAAUUUUUGAGGCUUAACAACUUGACGGUGAAUGAUUUGCGAGGUGCAUCCCUUCAGAUAUGUCCAAACCAUGACAUUUACAUGCUGUACAAUGAGAGUGACGUGAAUGUUGUGGAUGUGCUACUUAAAUCAUCACCAAACUUUGCAGAUAAUGUCUAUCAAUGCAAAUUAAAUAAAUACUUUAUGGGCUAUCAGGAUUGUGAGAAGCUAUUUGUUCGAUCAGUAACUGAGUAUGGGAUCUGCUAUACAUUCAACAUGCUUGGUCAUGACUCAUUGUUCAAUGAUCAAGUCAGUUCAGAUUUUGAUACAUUUAAGCGGACAAAAAUUGCUAAAACUUGGGAUCCUGAGCAGGUCAUGAAUGAGUCACGUCAUGAAAAUGACACAGAUCCGCCAACAUGGAGCCUUGAGGAUGGAUAUUUAAGUGACGGUCAAUUUGUGCAGCCAGCCAAAGCCCUAAAAAAGCAAACUUUAUUACUCGGGGUUUUUAAUCCAAUCAACGACAGCUUCUGUGAGGUUCGGGACAAAAACUAUGAAAUACUCUUGCACUUGCCAAAUGAAUUGCCACAACUUUCAAACGACAUUGUUAGUGUUCCAUUGGGAAAGGAAAAGACAUUCCUAAUAUCAGCAGAAAUGACUUACAAUGAAGAUUCACUGAGAAGCUUUAAGCCAGACAAGCGUGGAUGCUACUUUGAAGGUGAAAAGUCAUUAAAAGUUUUUAAAUCCUACACAAAAGCCAACUGCGAAUAUGAAUGCAUGACUGACUUUGUGAAUGCAACUUGUGGAUGUGUCGAGUUCUCAAUGCCAAGGACCAAGGACAUGAAAGUUUGUGAUUUUAUUCAUUACAGCUGCAUAUCGACAAUAACAACAGUUUUUCCGAGAAGUUACUAUGAAGAUCAUGAGAAUCAAAGAAAGUUUCCAGAUUAUCCAUGCGGCUGCUUGCCAUCAUGCACAGAAAUCAAGUAUAAAGUCAUAAAAAGUGAAAAGAGCAAACCAAGCGAAUUUUCAAGUGAAACUCAUUUGUAUGCAGACAUAAAGAUCACAUUUGGUGACUCACAGAUCAAGAAGACAUCCAACUACGUGACUUAUGAGCUGGAGAACUUUAUCUUUGAUAUUGGUGGCUUGAUUGGAUUGUUUUUGGGAUCUUCGAUAUUGUCAGUAUUGGAACUACUUGUGAACAUAUCAAAGAUAAUUAAAAGUCAAGUUUUAGGAAUCUUAAACAAGGUCAAGUCAAGAGAAGCUGAUCAAUCAGUUCAAUCAGUGAGAAGUCAAUCGGAAAGGACAUCCAUUGAUACUAUUUGCAGUCAACAGUUUGAUGUAGAUGAGUUGCUGGUUGAGGAUUUAGAGAAUUCAAAUUAA